CCUUUGAUUGGUUCGGAUCGACUGGUGGAGCUGACGUAGAAAAAGAAGGGCGUCAGUGGUUCAGCUGUUGGAGCCGCCUCCCGAAGUGGAACACGUGGUUUGUUGUCUGUGGUCGUUCUGUGCAGAGCCGAUUGUUUGUUUGUUUUUUACAGUGGCGAGGUCAUUUUUCCGUCAUUCAUCAAGCUAAUUGAUAUUGUUUAAUCGUUUGCAAUGACUCUGGAGGCGAUUAGGUACCGCGCCGGCUCCUUGCAGAUCCUCAACCAGCUUUUGCUGCCCCAUCAGAGCGUGUUUGAGAACAUCAAGACGGUGCAAGAUGGAUGGGAAGCGAUCAGAUCCAUGAAGGUGCGGGGCGCCCCUGCCAUUGCGAUUGUGGGGUGCCUGAGCCUGGCUGUGGAGCUGCAGGGCGGGCCGCAACGUGAGGGGGAGGAGCUUGUGGCGUUUGUGCGGGAGUCGCUGGAACACCUGGUGACUGCCCGCCCCACGGCCGUCAACCUGGGCAAGGCAGCGGCGGAGCUGACAGAGUACACUGAGCAGCAGAGCCAGGAGCCUGAAUGCACUACUGAGAGACUGCAGGAGAGUGUGAUUGGUUGGAUUGAGGCAAUGCUGGAGCGGGACGUCAGCGAUAACAGGAAGAUUGGGAAUUUUGGAGCGCAGCACAUCCUGUCGGGGGUGAGCAAGGAGCAGGUGACCAUCCUGACGCACUGCAACACGGGGUCCCUGGCGACUGCAGGGUAUGGGACUGCGCUGGGCGUGGUGCGGUCCCUACAUUCUAUGGGGCGGCUGGCUCAUGUGUUCUGCACAGAGACCCGUCCCUAUAACCAGGGCUCCAGACUGACUGCCUACGAGCUUGUGUUUGAGAAGAUCCCCUCCACCCUCAUCACAGACAGCAUGGCCUCCAUCGCCAUGAGAGAGAAGGGCAUCUCCGCGGUGGUGGUUGGGGCGGACAGGGUGGUUGCUAACGGUGACACGGCUAACAAGGUGGGCACGUACCAGCUGGCGAUCGUGGCGAAGCACCACGGCAUCCCGUUCUACGUGGCGGCGCCCAGCACGUCAUGUGACCUGAGCCUGGAGAGCGGCAGGGAGAUCGUCAUCGAGGAGAGGCCGGCACAGGAGCUGAGCGACAUCAACGGGGAGCGGAUAGCAGCGCCAGGAAUAAACGUGUGGAACCCCGCCUUCGAUGUGACCCCUCAUGACCUCAUCACUGGCGGAAUCAUCACAGAGCUGGGCGUGUUCCUGCCCUCGGAGCUGCAGGCUGCCCUGACAGGGAGGCUCACUGCGCUGUAGUGACACCUAGGGGACCGGAGAGGAAGCGCGAGAAAGCUGCAUUACCAGCAAAGAGCCAUUCAACUGCGAUUAGGGCAGCCAAUUAUACAGGACGUGUACAGCAGGGAUGGCAAUUAGACUCCCAUUGCUUUACAGUUCGAUCCAUUCCUGCUUUUACUAGGAGUUUAAUCAAACAAGCCUGAGCUUGUUACCUAUAAACUGUGGCUUGUCAAGUUUGUAGUAAAACAUGGAAUGGGUGAAACUGCAUUGCAAUAGGAGUCUUGUAUUGGCACACUACACCUAAUAUAAGAUCAUUCAAGAAGACGUGUGAAAUACAAGCAUUUAGUGAACAUUAGCCACUAAGACCAAAAUACACAAUUUCUGGUACUUUAACAAACAAAAGAACUUAAGCAUUUCCAGAUAAUUGUUCAUGACAAAAGUAUUGGCACCUUUACAUUAAAAGUCUGUAAAAAUGUAAUAGAACUAAUUGAAAAAUAUAUGAACAGAUUGAAAACCAUUACACAGUAAUUAAGCUGCAUUAUAAAGUCAAUAGCCAGAAAAAGAGGUCAUUAUUUCCAACAUCUGAUGAAGAAGAACGUUUUGGCAACACAGCAGAUGAUGGUCAAGACAAAGGAGUUGGACUGAUGUUUGAGAAAAGCACUCGUAUCAAACUACAACAAAGGAAAUAGGUACAGAACAGUAUCAAAGAAAUAUGGAAUACCAAAAUCCACAAUCAGAGCAAUACUCAAGAAGCACCACAGAACAAAUUCAACUGAAACACUUGAAAGAAGUGGCCGUCCAAAGAAUAUUACAGGUACAACAGGAAGGAGAAUCGACCGAGCAGCUAAAAAAAUUAUCCAAGACUAACAGCCAAGGACUUAAAGAAAGAUUUAGAAGCAUCAGAUAUAAUAGUGCAUGAAAGAACUGUACAGAGGCACCUGAACACAGAAGAGCUGCACACACGCAGUCCUCGCUGCAAAUCACUUCUAAGGAAAAUUCAUAAAACAAACGGCUAAAAUUUGCCAAGGAAUAUGAACAGCAUUCUUAAACAAAAUUCUCUGGUCCAAAGAGACUGGAAAAUUGCAAACGUAAUACUGAUCCACAAAAAGGGAGACAAAACCGAACCAGGUAAAUACAGACCAAUAAGCCUGACUUCUAUUAUAUGUAAACCUAUGGAAACUAUAAUAAGAUCUAAAAUGGAAAAUUACCUAUAUGGUAACAAUAUCCUGGGAAACAGUCAGCAUGGUUUUAGGAAAGGGAGAUCGUGUCUAACUAACCUACUUGACUUUUUUGAGGAUGCAACAUCGACAAUGGAUAAUUGCAAAGCAUACGACAUGGUUUAUUUAGAUUUCCAGAAAGCUUUUGACAAAGUCCAGUUUAAAAGAUUAAUUCUCAAACUAAACGCAGUAGGGAUUCAAGGAAAUGCAUGCACAUGGAUUAGGGAGUGGUUAACAUCUAGAAAACAGAAAGUACUGAUUAGAGGAGAAACUUCAAAAUGGAGCGAGGUAACCAGUGGUGUACCACAGGGAUCAGUAUUAGGUCCUCUGCUAUUCCUAAUCUACAUUAAUGAUUUAGAUUCUGGUAUAGUAAGCAAACUUGUUAAAUUUGAAGACGACACAAAAAUAGGAGGAGUGGCAAACACAGUUACAGCAUCAAAGGUCAUUCAAAAUGAUCUAGACCGCAUUCAGAACUGGACAGACGCAUGGCAAAUGACAUUUAAUAGAGAAAAGGUACUGCAUGCAGGCAAUAAAAAUGUGCAUUAGAAAUAUCAUAUGGGAGAUACUGAAAUUGGAGAAGGGAACUAUGAAAAAGACCUAGGAGUUUAUGUUGACUCAGAAAUGUCUUCAUCUAGACAAUGUGGGGAAGCUAUAAAAAAGGCCAACAAGAUGCUCGGAUAUAUUGUGAGAAGUGUUGAAUUUAAAUCAAGGGAAGUAAUGUUAAAACUUUACAAUGCAUUAGUAAGACCUCACCUAGAAUAUUGUAUUUAGUUCUGGUCACCUCAUUACAAAAAGGAUAUUGCUGCUCUAGAAAGAGUACAAAGAAGAGCAACCAGAAUUAUCCCGGGUUUAAAAGGCAUGUCGUAUGCAGACAGGCUAAAAGAAUUGAAUCUAUUCAGUCUUGAACAAAGAAGACUACGCGGCGAUCUGAUUCAAACAUUCAAAAUCCUAAAAGGUAUAGACAAUGUCGACCCAGGGGACUUUUUUGACCUGAAAAAAGAAACAGGUACCAGUGGUCACAAACGGAGAUUAGAUAAAGGGGCAUUCAGAACAGAAAUAGGAGGCACUUUUUUACACAGAGAAUUGUGAGGGUCUGGAACCAACUCCCCAGUAAUGUUGUUGAAGCUGACACUCUGGGAUCCUUCAAGAAGCUGCUUGAUGAGAUUCUGGGAUCAAUAAGCUACUAACAACCAAACGCGCAAGAUGGACUGAAUGGCCUCCUCUCGUUUGUAAACUUUCUUAUGUUCUUAUAACUUUUCCCCCAAAAUGGACCACGGUAUGUUUGGAGAAAAAAAGGGAAAGCCUUCAACGAAGAAAACCUUGUACCUACAGUUAAACAUGGAGGUGGUUUGAUCAUGACAUGGGGGUGUUUCAGCAGUUUAGGGACUGGAGACAUUCAUGUGAUUGAAGAUCGGAUGAAUGCAGCCAUGCAUCAAAACAUUCUACAUAGUACAAUGAUACCAUCUGCUCACAGACUGAUUGGCAGACAGUUAAUCUUCCAACACGACAACGACCCAAAAGUUCUGCAAUGGCCAUCGCAAUCACCAGAUCUCAAUCCAAUAGAAAUGCUUUGGGCUGAUCUGAAAAAAGCAGCAGUCAAGCACUGUGUAUCCAAUCUGUCUGAGCUGAAAGAACUAUGCAAGACAUAAUGGGUCCAGAUUUCACCAACAAGUUGUAACAUACGGUUAAGAAUUAUCAUAAACUUCUGAAAAAUGUAAUAAAAGCAAAAUGAGGACACGUGAAAUUCUAAAGCAGGGGUUCCAAUACUGCUGUUAUGAACAAGUACUUUAAAUAUGUUUUUUAUAAAGAUUAUUUGAUAAAUUACUAGAAAUUGUGUAUUUUGCUUUUUGUUUAUUAAAAAGUGGUUAAAGUUUACGAAAUACUUGUCCUUAAUCUGUUACCUUGACUUAUGGUAUAAACAUAGGGUGCCAAUAUUGUUGUCUGCUACUGUAUGUGGUUUAGCAUACCUCUCUGUGCUUUUACACUUUGCUAUGCUUUUAUUAUUGGGGGGGGGGGGGUAUUUUGAAGAGGAUUAAUGUUACACUUUUAAUAUUUAUAUGCUGUUUUGUAAAAGGAUGAUAUCAUGUCCUCAACGCUUUCAAACCAGUUUGAACUUUAACAUAUUGGGAAUAUUUGGACCCAGUCAGAAAAGCCUUCAUAGCACAAUAACUUUUUAUACAUUACUGCAACAUGUGUGUAAGACUGCAUGUUAUAUGGAAAAGACUGAAAAAAUACUGAAAAGGAAAUGAGUUUGGUCUGCUCUGUACACUGCUAUGUGCACACUGUGGCAAACACCUACUUUUGGUUUGCAUAUUUUGUAAUCAAAAUUCUUCAGGCUUGACUCUUGGCUAACGUUAGAAGUCUAACCUAUUGACACCUGUGAUCUGUAAUCGUUCUGUUGAGUUGGGUUGCACUCCCACACUUGACACUGGUUCUGUUGAGUUGGGUUGCUCCCCCACACUUGACACUGGUUCUGUUGAGUUGGGUUGCUUCCCCACACUUGACACUGGUUCUGUUGAGUUGGGUUGCUCCCCCACACUUGACACUGGUUCUGUUGAGUUGGGUUGCUCUCCCACACUUGACACUGGUUCUGUUGAGUUGGGUUGCUCCCCCACACUUGACACUGGUUCUGUUGAGUUGGGUUGCUCUCCCACACUUGACACUGGUUCUGUUGAGUUGGGUUGCUCUCCCACACUUGACACUGGUUCUGUUGAGUUGGGUUGCUCCCCCACACUUGACACUGGUUCUGUUGAGUUGGGUUGCUCCCCCACACUUGACACUGGUUCUGUUGAGUUGGGUUGCUCUCCCACACUUGACACUGGUUCUGUUGAGUUGGGUUGCUCCCCCACACUUGACACUGGUUCUGUUGAGUUGGGUUGCUCUCCCACACUUGACACUGGUUCUGUUGAGUUGGGUUGCUCUCCCACACUUGACACUGGUUCUGUUGAGUUGGGUUGCUCCCCCACACUUGACACUGGUUCUGUUGAGUUGGGUUGCUCCCCCACACUUGUCACUGGUUCUGUUGAGUUGGGUUGCUCCCCCACACUUGACACUGGUUCUGUUGAGUUGGAUUGCUCCCCCACACUUGACACUGGUUCAUUUCCCCCUAAUCUUGUUCUUCUUUUAAGCUAAAUUAAGUGAUGAGGAAUUAGGCAGUAAAAACAGCACGCCACUUUGCAUGUUUUCAAACCUCAAUGCAGGGGAUUAGCCUCUGCAUAUUAACUCUGUGCCAAACACAAAACUCAGCCCUUGGCCUUUGAUUUAGUAUAGAACAGUCUAUGCUCCUGUUUAUCUUAUUAACACUAGCAACAAUAUCACAGACUGCCCCCCAUUAAAUGAGUGCUAACUAAGUCUUCUUAUAAAUCCAUUCUGUUACCUCCCAUUAGCACUCGCAACAUUAUCACUGCCCCCUUUAAAAGAAUGAGCAGCAAGGCUUCAGAUGCAUUCUCUAACCUCUUAUUAGCACUAUCAACAUUAUUACUGGACACCCUUUUUCUUGUACUGAGAACUUUUCCCUGGUAGUCAGUGACUUCCAGUGGUAUACGCAGCCACAUUUCGUUGUCUGAAAAAGGAACCGUUACAAGUUACUGAAAAAUGUAAUCGGAUUACAUGUAAAGUGUUACUCCCCAACACUAGGAGUUAAGACACCUGCAGAUGCUGUCGAUACAUCAUUCACCCGGACAGAUCCCUUCAGGAAUGAUGGCUUUAUAAAUCAGGUUUUUAAAUGUGUUUAUUAACCUGUCAUCGUGAUCUUUCUUUAAUUAAAGUAUUAAAUAGAAAUUAAAUUGGUGAACUGUGAUAAUUUUAAUCGUACUGUACUGUGUGUGUCUUUGUAUGUGCAUUAAAUAAAGUAUGAUUCAAACUGA